AUGGAGGGAAAGGACAUAGUACACGAAAGUAGCAAACCAGACUUAAGCAAGUUGUUCUCUGAAGAACUGCCAACAUUUGGGAAUGUAUCGAUGCUCUUCUACAUCUCAGAUGCCUGAAAAGAUAAAGAGAACCUCUCAAAGGCUAUUAUUGAGCAUGGAGGUAACAUCGCUCUGUACCAGGAGUGUUUUACUUACCAGAUAUGUCCCAAGGAUUGCCUGAACCAGUUAGAAGUCAAAAAGCAAUACUAUAAGGGACUUAUUUAUGACUCCCAUUGGAUCUAUGAUAGUAUUGACAAAAAGGAGCUCCAAUCAAAGGAAAAUUACACUCUGAUUAAAAUUUCGGAGGGAAAACCCUUCGAGUUCAAUAAAGGGAAGAUUCCUUACACCAUUAGAGAGGCUAUCAUGAUUUAUAAGUGGAUUUCAGGCCAAAAACUGCAGAAAUCAAAGAGGACUUGGCAAAGCAUGGUUGAUAAAGGCGCGAUUUACUGCCGAACUGCUGAGUCAUUAAAGAACUUUUGGAAGACUAAUGCAAAGAACUCCAUGGAAGAUUGCAUCCUUGAAAUGGUCAAGAACCACAAGAAGUAUUGCCACCAGUACCCUGAUCCCAUAUUCCCGAACGAUGGAGUGAAUAUAAAGCCGAAAGAUCAGUCUGCUCCUGACACAGAAAGCAAAGGAAAAGUUAUUUAUAAAAAGAACCCUAACUGCUCAAAUAGUCAUCAUGACUCUAGUUCUCAAACAGGUAGCAAACCUAACUCUACGAGUAAAGCCCCAAUCACCAGGAUGUCUGAGAAUGCUGAAUUAGAUGAAGACUUUGCACCAAUAGAAGAAGAGAAGGACUACUCCAUCCAAGUUGUUGAAAUUAUCGACGGGUCAGAGAAUAGCCAUAGCUCUGAGGACAAAAACUUAGAGAACAGCCUCCAAUUAGAAGCCGAAGAUUUAGAAGACGUUUUUGAUUCUGACAGUGAGCCCAAGGAGUCCAAAAAGGCCACACCCAAGAAGGAACAGACUGUUCACCAGGAAACCAUCCAGACUUCUAAGAAGGUGAUUAAGAGCAAGUAAGGAUUUAUUAGAGAGUUUGAUCAAUGACGAGCUAGAUGGGGUUGAAAUCCCCAAGACUUUGGAGGAAGAGAAAGAGAAUAAAAACACCAACUUAGAGCCCCUUGUCCCAGAAGAAAUUGCAGCAUUUAUUACUACCAAGAAGAAAUUACAAGAAUUCUCUGAGAAAUAUAAGAAGCCAUUUGAUGAAGUAAUGGCUCUUUUUGAGCAAUGUUCCUGUAGAUAUGACAUCCUUGAAGAGUUCCUCUCAACAAGCCAUAGUACAAACAAGAUGUGGAAGGGACUGGAGGAUUUCAUCCUCCUCAAGCCCUACAUGAAUGAGGAAGCUUACAAUCUUCUUCUGAAAGAGAAAGGAGAGAAAGAAGUGAAACUUAGGAAAAAGUUCCUAAACUUGAAGUAAUUUUACUACUGUUUUCAAUUUUAAUUUUAAAA